AUGAUGCUGGAGAUUUUCCCAAUGCUAUCAAAGCUAAAAAUACACCUGAAAAUACACACAGGAGAGAUUCUGUAUUCCUGCACUGACUGUGGGAAGAGCUUCACAACAUCAAGGGCUCUGACAGUUCAUCAGAGAGUGCACACAGGAGAGAAGCCUUACUCCUGCUCCGACUGUGAAAAGAGUUUCUCCCGAUUGGAUAAGUUAAAUAGGCACCAACUAAUACACACAGGAGAAAAGUCUUACUUCUGCUCUGACUGUGGGAAUUGUUUCGCCCAAUUUAAUACCUUAAAAUCUCACCAGCGUAUGCACACAGGAGAGAAGCCUUACUCCUGCUCUGACUGUGGGAAGAGUUUCUCUCAACUGGGAAGCUUACAAACACACCAACGUAUUCAUACAGGAGAGAAGCCUUACUCCUGCUCUGACUGUGGGAAGAGCUUUAGAACAUCAGGGGCUCUGACAGUUCAUCAGAGCGUGCACACUGGAGAGAAGCCUUACUCCUGCUCUGACUGUGGGUGCAGAUUCUCUCAACGGAGAAACUUAAAAAACCACCAACAUAUACACACAGGAGAGAAGCCUUACUCUUGCUCUGACUGUGUAAAAUGCUUCACAACAUCAUAUGAGCUAACAGUUCACCGGAGAACACACACAGGAGAGAAUCCUUACUUCUGCUCUGACUGUGGGAAGAGUUUCUCCCUAUUGGAUACCUUAAUCAAACAUGAACGUAUACAUACAGGAGAAAAGCCUUACUCCUGCUCUGACUGUGGGAAGAGUUUCUCUCAACAGAGUAACUUAAAAAGACACCAACGUUCACAUACAGGAGAAAAGCCUUACUCCUGCUCAGACUGUGAAAAGAGUUUUUCCCAAUUGGAUAAGUUAAAUAGUCACAAGCGAAUACACACAGGAGAGAAGCCUUACUCGUGCUCUGACUGUGGGCAAGAUUUCUCUCAACACAGCAGCUUAAAGAAACACCAACGUAUACACACAGGAGAAAAGCCUUACUUCUGCUCUGACUGUGGAAAAUGCUUCACAACAUCAUCUGAGCUAACAGUUCACCAGAGAACACACACAGGAGAGAAGCCUUACUUCUGCUCUGACUGUGGAAAAUGCUUCAAAACAUCAUCUGAGGUAACAGUUCACCGGAGAACGCACACAGGAGAAAAGCCUUACUCCUGCGCUGAAUGUGGGAAGAGUUUCUCUCAACAGAGCAACUUAAAAAAACACCAAUAUUUACAUGCAGGAGAAAAGCCUCACUUCUGCUCUGACUGUGGGAAUUGUUUUACCCAAUUAUAUACCUUAACAUGUCACAAGCGUAUACAUACAGGAGAGAAGCCUUACUCCUGCUCUGACUGUGGGAAAAAUUUCUCUCAGCACAGCAGCUUAAAGAAACACCAACAUAUACAUAAAGGAGAAAAGCCUCAUCAGUUCUCUCAGACCAGCUAAGAUUAAAGUCCAUCACUUAAUUCUCAUGUCAUAAAGCAAGUGGUAACACUGAAUUGGAUCCUAUUGUUUCUCACUGUGAGAACUGUGCAGAGGAAAUGGAGAAUUAGAGAAUGUUAGCCUCUCUUUACUAAUCAGUGUACACCUUGUCAGUUUUGGUGUGUUUUGUUAGCUUCUACUGUAAAGAUAUUGAGAUGACCUUGGAUUUGUCGUUAAGGUUGAAUAACCUCUGCGGUUUCUCUUGUUGAAAAUAUGGAGUCUGAUGGUUGAUUUGGUGGUGCUGCUUCCCUCUGCAGUUUUCUGUGGGAAUAAGCUAGUAGACACAACAUGUAUCAGAUAGAGAUGGUGUGAGGAUCAGUUUUCACCUUUUGUUUGGGUGUAUUUUUUUUUUGUUGACUACUAAGGGACUGUAAGGUAUUUAUAAUAAGGGAUACCUGGAGAAAAUCAUAUCUCUGAAAUGGAAAUGGAUGGCCCUCCCUUCAUUUAAAUAUAUUUUUACCCGACCCUCCCUGAACACUUGACAACAAAAAAAACAAGUGACCCUCCCCUACACCC